AGUUGCUUUCGAAUCGUUUGCAAAAUGACAGCCUUGUUUUCAGUUCUUCAAGUCGCUCUCCUCGCUGGAGUCCAUGCCUGGGAUUACGGAGUACCCUACUAUCCGGCGCCGUAUUACCAAUCGCAGCCCCAGUUCGAGUAUACCCAGUGCCCGCCCACUGGUCCCGAGAGUGUAGUGUGUGCCGUAGCCCCCGGAUCUCAGCCCUCCACCUUUCCCAGUCCCUGCGAGGUUACCCGCUUCAAGUAUCUCACCGGAAAUGACUGGAUCAUCAUUCAUUCAAACCGAUGUGAGAACCUGGAACUCUGCCCGGACAAUUGCCAGGAAUACGGAAGCCCCGUCUGCGGAAGAUUGGGAAAUGUGAGAAGAACCUUCAAGAGUCAUUGCGAGCUGCAGCUGGUGAAGUGCCGAACCGAUCUUGCUUUCGAACUGCACCAUGAGGGUCCCUGUGAUAGCAGAUAUCCAGCCAGUCGAUCAUCUCAGGCUCGUUCCUAUAACUAUAAUCCCUACGUGAUGCACCAUCAGCCAAGUUAUAACCCUUAUGGACCCCCACAACCGGCGGCGCCUUAUAAUCCCUAUGGAAACUACCAGCCACGGCCCUUGAGCAGUCCCCAACACCGCUUCCAGGGUCCUGUUUAUCUGCCUUACGAGCUUACCUGGGAGAAUCUUCCCACGGAGUAUACAGUCUCCUAUACUACGCCAGCAACUAUUUACAAGACUUCUCCGCAAACUUAUUAUGAAACCACUACGACCCCGAAGACAACGACUCCGGAAACCACAACUACAGAGAGUCCUACAACCACUUCCACAUCUACUACUGAGAGUCCUACAACUACCACAACUCCAAGACCCAAUCCCCGUGAAAAUAUCAAGAUCAAUGCUGUGGUAGAAACAUCAAGUACUACGGAGAGUCCGAAGACCACUGAGGCCCCUAAAUACUUAAAGAAAUAUAAUACAACUCCUUACCAUGAACAUGCCACAACCACAGAAGCUUCAAAUGAUAAAAAAUCGAUCGAUCAGUUAAUCAAGGCCAAUGUGGCUCAAGACGAGGAGGAAAAUGAUACUACAAAAUCUACCACAGAUUCUUCUACUGAUUCUUCAACUGAUUCUUCUACUGACUCUUCUACCGAUUCUUCAACUGAGUCUUCAACAGAUUCCACCACAGAAUCAACUACUUACAAUACUUACUCGCCCUAUGAGUCCCGCAAGACUUACCAAACCUACUCGACUUACGAAACGAAAUCCUAUUCGAAUUAUGAAUCUUCAAAAUCGUAUAGUACUUAUUCCACAACUGAAGCGCCCGUGGAAAAGACAACUGAGAAAAAGAAAAUUCAAGGAUUGAUACAAGUUAAUGCAGUUCAAGGAAGCACUUCCACAGAGGCCUCCACAGAAGCUUCCACAGAACCUUCCACAGAAUCUUCAACAGAAGAAUUAACUUCCACAGAGUAUACUACAGUGUACUACAGUCCUUCCAAGCCUUCUCAGACCUAUUCGAGUUAUGAGACUCCAUCUUAUUCCCCUUAUGAAGUCAAGUCCACUUAUGGAGCUCCGUCUGUUUAUAAGACUUAUUAUCCAACGACAAGUACUGAGAAGACUACCGAAGAAACCACUGAAGAAACUACCGAAGAAACUACCGAAGAAACUACUGAAGAGACUACCGAAGAAACUACUGAAGAAACUACCGAAGAAACUACAGAAGAAACUACUGAAGAAGCAGUAACGACUACACCUGAAAACUCCAAAAAAAGAGAAAAUUUAAUCAAAAUUAACGCCGUUCAGGAUGAAGAAAGUACAGAAGUCGCCACAGAAACUACUACAGAAGUAGUUUACACCAAGAAACCCACAUCCUAUCCUACUUAUGAUACCUAUAAGGAGUCCCCCAAAACGAGCUACGAAGCCAAGGAAUACAACCCCACUUAUCCACCCAAUGAAUCUUACAAAGAACCCGCCAACCCAGCCUAUGAACCCAAAAAGUAUAAUCAGACUUAUCCCACCAACGAUACCCUAAAGACCUACGAAUCGACAAUCAUUACCAAAAACGGAACUGUUCUCAAUUUCCACUAUGGCACCCUAUAUCUGAAUCUGGGCACCUCGGAAAGGAUAAAGUCCCUGCUCUUCCUGGACUUCAACAAGGAGGAAAAUCAAAAGGCACAGACCUACGGGCCAGCUCCAAAGAACUGAAUCCAUUUUAUUACUAAGUUAGCUAUAUGAAAAUUUUAAACAAAUUCAUAAAUAUUAAUAUCUUAAUAUACAAUAUAUAAAUCAACGAAAAUUAGUAAGAGUUAUGUUGGAGAAGAGUCGAUUGGGGGGCAGCUUGAUGAUAUACCCUUCCGGUAUGGUAUUCAGCUCAGGACGUUGAAUCAAAGGACCCCGGAUGAAGGGUUGGAUCUUCAGGGUUAGAUUCCCGAUAAAGGCAUCGGGAUCCAUGUGAAGGGAAAGGGUAUUCAUCAAACGGAUGGCCUGGAAGAGCACACUCUUCUUGUUCAGUUUCGCGUACUCGUUUCCACGGUACAUGGUGCGUAUGGCCUGAAGGCGACGGAUCCUACGACGGACGAUCCUAUUGCGACGACUGUGGACUUCGCUGAGGACCAACAUGUUAUCCCGAAAGCGUAGGGUCGACUCCCGGAGAUAGUCGGUGAUGAAAGCCAGGGGCCAGCCCAACACCUCCUUCAUCAAUCCCAGUUCGGCCUCCAAUCCAACAUUUUUGUACCUCUCCUC